AUGUGGUGGAGCCCAGGCCACCUUCCUCCUUUGGUUCUCUGCAUCUGCUCUUUAAUGUCCCACCAGGCUACGGCUACCACACACAGCACGUUCCCGGCGUUGCCUUCCCAGCGAAGAACCAGCAGAGAUGUUAAUUCUCCGGCUCCCGUUGACUGUCAGCUAAGCCAGUGGUCCGAGUGGACUGAUUGCUUUUUUUGCCAAGAGAAAAAACACCGGUACCGGACCCUGCUGCAGCCUGCACAGUUUGGGGGACGGCUGUGCACGGGCCACCUCUGGGACGAGGAGCACUGUGGCACCGGCGCGGGCUGCGUCGGGAGCCACCGCUGCGGAGGGGACUUCCAGUGCCAGGAGAGCGGUCGCUGCCUUAAACGUCACCUCGUAUGCAACGGAGAGGCAGACUGCAGGGACGGGUCUGAUGAGGAGAACUGUGAGGAGGAGGAGGAGGAUAGCGAAAGCUACUGCGGAAAUCUGUUCCCUGUCCCAGGGGCUGAAAAAGCUUCCCUAGGAUACAAUAUCCUAACACAGGAAGACAGGCUGCGUGUAUAUGACCCUAAUUUUUUUGGAGGCCAAUGUGAGCCUGUUUACAAUGGAGAGUGGCGGGAGCUGAAGUACGACGCUGCGUGUGAGCGUCUGUACUACGGAGACGACGAGAAGUAUUUCCGCAAGCCUUACAACUUCCACGUGUACCAGUUCCUAACUCAUGCUGAUUCUGGAUUCUCUUCAGAGUUUUACGAUGAUUCAAAGGACCUGCUUGAUGCCAUCAAAAACGAUAGAUUCAAAACAGCGGGCUUUACUUUUGGAAUUGGACCUCAGUUUCUCAAGUUUGAGUUUGGUUUAACUCUAUCAUACAAGAAAGGGACCCUGAAGAAUUUCACACAGUAUGAUGCAAAGGAGGUUGGCUUCAUCAGAGGUGUCACCAAGGUGCAGACUGCCCGCUUCAAGAUGAGAAGGGAGAACAUCGUUUUGGAUGAAGACAUCUUGCUUUCCUUGGAGGAGCUUCCAGACCAAUAUGACUACGGGAUGUAUGCCAAGUUCAUCAACGACUACGGCACCCACUUCGUGACAUCUGGGACAAUGGGAGGUGUCUUUGAGUACAUCCUCGUCGUUAACAAAGAAGAAAUGAGAAGAAGAGCCAUCAGCUCUGAAGACGUCGCCUCCUGCUUCGGCGCGUUGCUGGGCAUUGCGGCCGGCAAGUCCGAACUCGAGGUGAAAGCCUCCUUGUCAACCUCCGAAUGCGAAAACAAGGGAUUUCGUAAAACUGCUGAGUAACAGGGCAACUUUUCAGAUGGUUGGAGCAACAGUGCCGUUGUGGAAGACGUUAUUCCCCGGAUUAGAGGUGGAGAUACCAGCUACGGCGGAGGCCUCUUGAACACCUGGGACUCCAACACGUACCGGCACUGGGGAAGGUCAUUAAAAUACAAUCCUGCAGUUAUUGAUUUUGAGCUGCGGCCCAUCCACGAGAUCCUGCGCCGCAGCGACGUGGUGCUGGCCGGGGACACGUGCGUCUGCCAGUGCCCGCCCGGCUACGGUGGCCCGGCCUGCGCACAGAGCAAGCGCCCAGGCAGGGAGACGAACGGGCACUGGAGCCGUGCUGACGCCGCGGCACGCAGGCCUGCAAACACUGCAGGGAAAUCCGACAAAUAA